AUGUUGGGUUGUAAACUGGCAAGUUCUCUUAUUGAGCAGAAUCAUAAGCUUGGAGAGGAUUGUGGUCCUUCCCUUAUUGAUGCAGGGAAAUACCAGAGGCUAGUGGAGAAACUGAUUUAUUUAUCUCUGACUCACCCAGACAUUUCUUAUGCAGUGAGAGUAGUGAGUCAAUUUAUGUAUACACCCAAAAGUGGGCACUUGGAUGCUAUGUACCGUAUCCUCAUAUACUUGAAGUCCUCUCCAGGAAAAGGCCUUUUGUAUGCCAGGAAUAAUCACUUGAGGAUAGAAGGCUAUUCAGAUGCUGAAUGGGCUGGAUCCAUUUCUGAUAGGAGAUCUACAUCUAGUUAUUGCACAUUUGUGGGUGGUAACCUGGUCACAUGGAGAAGCAAGAAACAGCCGAUUGUAGCUAGAUCCAAUGCAAAGGCUGAGUACAGAGCAAUGGCUCAUGCUAUUUGUGAGCUCACUUAG